AUGGUCUAUUACUUUACCUCGAUCCUUACUACGCCGCCUGCCCGUAUUUAUGCAGGCAAAGAUAAAUUUGAGAAUGAGGAGUUAAUCAAGUUUGGCCUCGAGGAUGAUGUCUGGUUCCAUGUGGAAAAUCUAUCCAGCGCCCACAUCUACCUCAGACUGUCUGAAGACCAGUCCUGGAAUGACCUUCCCGAGGAUCUUCUCAUUGACUGUGCACAGUUGACGAAGGCGAACUCUAUCGAAGGGAACAAAAAGUCAGACGUAUCCAUUAUAUACACGCCCUGGACCAACCUUAAAAAAGAUGGAUCCAUGGUGGCAGGUCAAGUAGGCUUCAAAGACAGCAGUCAAGUCAAGCGAAUCCUAAUUUCGCGACGAGAAAAUUCCAUAGUUAAUCGCCUCAACAAGACAAGAGAGGAAAAGUUUCCUGACCUGCACAUGGAAAAGGAGAGUAUCCUUCAAGGCAAGCGAAAGAAAGAGCAGGCCGCACGAAACGAAGAGAGGAAAGAAGCGGCUCGAAUGGCCCAAAAACACAAGGAACUGAAAUGGCAAAAAGAUCAUGCAUACGACGAGCUUUUUGAAGACCCAAGCCUCGGAGUAGCUAACAACCAGGAUCGUGAGGACUUGGAAGAUGACUUUAUGUGA